UUCCACUGGGACACUGGCAGGCAGAGAGGAGAGGAGGAGCUCAAGAUGCUCGAGGAGGACGUACAGUGCGGGUGCUCUCUCUUCCCGUGCCCCGCCUCGCGCCGCCACUACUGAUCCUCGCGCAUCUGUCAAUUGCCGUUGCACAGCGCGGCAUGUCUUGACUCUCAUCACCGGAAUAUAUCAAAGGCGAAAACAAUGUCGGAAGUCCGGAAAUUUACCAAAAGGUUGAGUAAACCUGGAACGGCAGCGGAACUGAGACAGAGCGUAUCGGAGGCUGUGCGGACAUCAGUGAUUGUGGAGCAGCCAAAGAUCAUCGAGCCGCUGGACUAUGAGAAUGUGGUGUUUCAGAAGAAGGCGCAGAUCCACAGUGAUCCACACAGAGACCUGCUGCUCUGCCCUCCUGAUGACGUCUCGGAGUCCCAGAUUGCCCGGCAGAGGAGAGCUGUGGUUCCAUCUGUACCUCAGAACGCAGAGAAGGAGGCCCAAAGCCUGUUUGCCAGAGAGUGUAUCAAGAUGUACAACACUGACUGGCAGGUGAUCAGCUACAAGUACGAGGCCUAUUCUGGAGACUUCCGCAGCCUUCCCUGUAAAGGGGUUAAACCAGAGAAGCUGCCCUCACACACGUUUGAGGUGGACGAGGACGCUAACGAGGACGCGUUGUCACUCUGCUCUCAGAGGGGAGGUGUUCUGAAGCAGGGUUGGCUACAGAAGGCCAACAUCAACAGCAGCCUCUCCGUCUCCAUGAAGGUGUUCAAGCGCAGGUAUUUCUACCUGUCCCAGUUGCCCGAUGGCUCCUACAUCCUCAACUCCUACAAGGACGAGAAGAACUUCAAAGACACCAAAGGCUCCAUCUACCUGGACUCCUGCAUCGACGUCAUCCAGUGUACCAAGAAUAAGCGCUUUGGUUUCGAGCUGAAGAUGCAGGACCGCUACAGUCACCUGCUGGCGGCCGACUCCGAGGCAGAGAUGGAGGAGUGGGUGAGCACGCUCAAACAGGCCCUACAGAGCGCCACGGAAGACAAGAGGAACGGGCACGACGACUGCACUCUAGAUGAGGACAGCAGCAGUCAGGGCAAACCAGAGGGCAUCGUGGAGGGUCUUGGGCGGAGCCUGCACCCGGAGCUGAUGAAGUUGAGCUACAAGAACCCGGCUUCAGUAGGGACUCUCAUCAGCUCCACAUCAGAUGCCUAA